AUGGCCACAGUGCAGCUCUAUGUCUAUGACCUAAGCCGAGGGAUGGCUGCUCAGCUUUCACAGCAGCUGACUGGACGGCACACAUCUAUUGUAUUUCACGGAAAGGAAUGGUAUUAUGGAGCAGGAAUACACAAUGCUCCUCCCGGAAGAACCCACCUCGGACCUCCUCUUCGAAUCCUUGACCUUGGCAUCUCCGAAAUAGAUGAGGAGACCUUUAUGGAGUACAUCAGCGAAAUGCGCUCCGUUUACACGCCCGAUGCAUAUCAUCUCCUGGAUUUCAACUGCAACUCAUUCACCAAUGAUUGCGCUGGGUUUUUAACUGGUGGUUCAAUACCCGAUUAUAUCAGAGAUUUGCCGACCGAUUUCCUCAGUACACCGUUUGGCCAGGCACUUCGUCCAACUAUCGACCAGAUGUAUCGACGCGGGGGACCAGGUCAGCCACCGGUCCAGCCCGCGAACGAUAUCGCUUCCCAAAUAACUCGCAGCGUUGCGACCAACGCACUUGGGCCUACCAUCUCGAGCAAAGAGACUGCGACGCUCGCAUCUCCAAUUCAGAUCUGUACCAAUAAUGCAUCGUUUGAUAUACUUAUGCAGCGUCACAAGGCAGUAAUAGCCUUCUUCACGUCACAGACUUGCGCUCCCUGCAAGAUGGUCGAGCCAGUAUUCGAAGAACUUGCGCAUGCGAAGGCAUCACCCGAUGUCGCUUUCGUCAAAGUGGACAUGUCUGUUGGGCUGGGCUCUCAAGUUGGUCAAGCCCACAAUGUACGCGCAACCCCAACUUUCCUCUUUUUUCUCGAUGGGAAAAAGAAACACGAACUAAAAGGGGCCAACGCACCUGAACUACGUUCUCAAGUUAACUUAUUGAUAUAUGACGCUUUUCCUCCACACCCUCACUCCAAGCUCACCCUCCGAGAGCUACGAGCGACGUCUCUCAACCCUAUUCUCUUCACUCAGAUUCCAAAACUCGAUGCUCUCUCUACCAAACUGCUGAGUGCAGUAGAAACUAGCCCUCUUCCUGUCGCUGAUAGAGGGAAUACGAAAGAAGUAAUAGCCAAUGGGAUGAUUCGAUCGCUUUCUUCAAUACCCAAUGGCAAAACUCCGACAGCGAAUAGUACCAAGGUUCCUGAAACGGAAUUCUCAAACUGGACCUCCGUCACAGUUCAACUUGCUGCAGUGCUUCCUCCAACCGACUUCUUCCCGCUCGUCGAUCUUUGGCGUCUUGCUCUCCUGAUCCCGGAUGUUUCGACACAGCUAGCGACGUCGCCCAUAAUUUCGCUACCUACAAUCUUCAAGAUUUCCUCAGAGUCAGCUUCGUCGCCAGAUGCCAAGAAUCUGACGCUCACGGCUCUUCGACUCGCUUGCAACAUAUUCGUCAAUCCAGUGCUAACAAGACGUCUCCUUCAGAGUUCUCCGGCGAAUGAUGGCAGUCGCCCCCGAGAUGCAAUCACAAACCUGCUCGUAUCCGCUCUACUCUCAGACGUAGCCACAGUGCGCGUUGCAGCGGCGAGUUUGGCAUUCAAUAUUGCGGCGUUUUUGCAGGCCCCCCUAAUGCAGAGUCUGAAUCGAGGGAUGAGUGGCACACCGAUCAAGGAGGAUUCGCUUGAUGACGCGGAGUGGGAAGUCGAAUUACUAAGUGCGGUGAUCGAGGCCAUUGACCGCGAGGAUAAUGAGGACUCGCUCCACCGCUUGGUUUCAUGUUUGGGACUUUUAGUUCAUCUCUCCCCACACCUUGCUGAGAUCCAGCCACUUCUGGAAGUCUUGCAAGUAAAGCAAACGCUCGUGGUAAAGGCUCAGCCAGACGGACCCAUCAAGAAGGAAAACGUAAAGAAGCUUGUGAAGGAAGUUACCAACGAACUAUGCUAG